AUGGAAGCCGGCCACAACAACUAUGAAAUGGGUCAAUACAACCAGGGCCAAAACUACAACCAACCGCCUGCCCACGACCCCAACGCCAUCCUAAACCAGUGCAGAGAUGUCGACCGUGGAAUCGAUGAUGUGAACAAAUAUGUUGACCAGCUCAGCACCUUAUACCGCCGUCUACUCAGUGAUGUUGACCCGGCCCGAGAAAAAGCCAUCCGCGACGAAGUGGAAGAUAUGGCCAACCAGACCAAGCGACUUUACCGCAACUUGGUCGACCGCGUCAAGUCCAUCAAACAGAUGCCGGAAUCUGGAAGCCCACGCAACUCGUCUCAGGUUGGAAAAGUCGAGCGAAGCUUGAAAGCAGCCAUCACCAGAUAUCAGCAGGUCCAGGCCGAUUUCCGAAAGGAGUCCGAGUCACAGAUGGCCAGACAGUACAGAAUUGUUCGACCAGAUGCUACGGAUGCGGAAGUCAGGGAGGCUGUUCAGGAUAGCUCGAACCAACAAAUUUUCAGCCAGGCUUUGAUUCAAAGUGAUCGUCGUGGAGAUGCACAGAAAGUGUCACAGAUGGUCCGAGCCAGACACGAAGAGAUCCAGAAGAUCGAGAGAGACUUUGUUGAGUUGACGCAGAUGUUCCACGAUCUUGAGGCCAUGGUGGUUCAACAGGAAGAAGCCGUCGCCCAUAUCGACCAGACCGGCGAGGAAGUCCGAGAGAACGUCGACAAGGCCAACGAAGAGAUAAAAGGCGCCAUUGACUCCGCUCGUGCACGUAACCGAAAGAAGUGGUGGUGUCUACUCAUCUGCCGUAAGUCCAUCGAUAUCCUCACCAACUUGAAAGCCCAUGCUAACCGCACCACCCAACAGUUCUCAUCAUUAUCGUCAUCGUUGUCGUCGUGGUCGUCGUUGUCGUUGUACAAAAGAAGGCUUAAAUUCAACCUCCUACUCAUCCAUAAUGCUGAUGGCCGAUGGCUGGCCUGA